CGAUCGCCGUGCCUAUAAAGAAAGGACGAACAGUCAAAGGAAGUACUGUUUACUUUGUGUAUUAUGAACGGUAUAUUAACGCCAACUCGAGCUAUGUGGACCAGUGUUUACUGGCCAAAAGAGUUUUCACGAUUUAAUGAGGAAAAGGUACUUAUUAUAGAGGCGAAGUGAACAACGACACAACAGACGGAGUGUAGUGGUGUGUGGGGCUGAUAUCGGAACUGUCAUAUCGGAAUACCUACUGACUGUCCAGUUCCCAUGGGAAAUGAAGCGUCCAGCAAAACAAACAAUGCCGAUACUCAGCCGGCGAGGACGACAGCGUCAGCAGCAAGGGAGAUGAAGGCGACGACACCUGGUCGGUGGAAAACGACACCUCGUAACGAAAAAGAUGGGAUGAAGGAUACUGCUGGACCAGGUCUCAAACCAAUGACAUCGCUUUCUAACAGAAGUGAGCAGGAACAUAUUCGUUUCUAUGGAAACACGCCAACAGGACGCCUACAUCGCACUGAAUUAUAUCCAUUUUUCAAGUACCAACAUAGACCACGUCGGGGGAGGGACCAUCGGUUUCAGGUAAAAACUGCAUCAACAGUAUCGGACAUUUAUCCUGACCGAAAUCUCCCCAGCCAACCUGUAGAGGAUGCCGAGGAGUCGGACAUGGAAGAUAUCCCGCUGACGGAGGCCGACAUCUACGAUAGAGCGAGGAGGGCACCGACAACAGUUGUUGACAGCUACAAAAAACUAAUGGACUAUUUGUUAAAAGGUUCUGAACUUGUUAAACAACCUGAGUUGAUACGAGCACGUGCAGUCAUGAUAUGGUUAAGUAGACAGGAUGUGACGUCACCACUGUCUGGAACAGCAGACUAUGAUACACCGUCAAAAGGCAUCGUAAAAUUAAGUAACGAUACACAGUUUGAAUAUUCGCGAUUCUUGUCGACUCUGUACGAAAAGGCGGGUAUCAAAUCGGUGGAAAUAACUGGAGUAUUCAAAACAAUUAGUUAUGACCCAAACAAUAACAAAAAUCUCCCCGCAACCUCAUGGAACGCCAUUAAUCUUGAGGGUCGGUGGCAGUUGAUAAUGCCAUACUUUGUGUGUACACGAAGGAUAAACCCAUGGUUUACAUCCGAACCAACAAUUAAAGGAGUUUCUAAGGAUGAUGAAAGGGGACAUGUCUUCAACUACUUUUACUUUCUGAUGGACCCCAAGCAAAGUAUCAACUGGUUUUAUCCAGACGAUCCAAAAUGGCAACUUCUGAAACGGCCUUUACAGAAAGAGGAAUACUUGAACCUUCCUCUCUUCAGAAGUGAAUUUUUCGAAUUAGGUUUAAAACUAGAAUCACAAAAUUCAUAUGAUUUACACGCGGAAGAUGGCCGAGUAAGGAUAGACAUUUCGUCCUCGGAGGAACUUGCCGAUGAGAUUUAUCUUUGGUAUGAUAUAACGUUAGUCAAAAGCAGCGGGAAACACAAUCCAGUCACUCACAAGAUGAUUAUCCACGAUAAUCUUCAAAAACUUGUAGCGAUGAUCAAACAGAAGGAUAAAUGGAUGUUCCAGAUGACCCUGCCUAUAGAGGGAGUGUACAAGGUCACGAUAUACGGAAGUGUUAAUGGGGAUGACUUCGGACCGAUCGUCAAAUUUAGGCUUCACUGUGACAAGCGAUUCGAUAAGUGUAGCAUGUUUCCUGAAGAUCCGAAGGAAGUUGGUUUUGGUCCAGGAUUAGCCGCUAAGGACGGCGGACUGUUGUUUCCAUCCCGUUCCAAUGGGUUUUACCCUGUCAGAGAAAACAGCGUUUUCAGGUUAUCGUUUGUACUUGACAGGGAUACUGUGGAUAAUGUCGAGGUGACUUGUAGUCUUGCUCAAACGGAAGAAACUGGGGUGAAACAAUACAGCAAUUCAAUCCAAUGUAAUGUAGACAGAAGUAGUGGAUGUGUGGAGAUAACUGUCACCAUUCCGGGCGGAGGUGUAUUCAUGUUGUCUGUCUGGACAAAACUUGACCAAGGGUCAUCGGUCAAAACUAAGAUAUCAAAAUUAGCCUGCUGCUAUAUACUGAUAUCUAACCCGGAUAUUCCUCAGCCAGUACAGACUAGAAGACAACGAGAGACCCGGGAAAACCUCCGCCAAGCUCUGGAAGCUGGCACGCUAGAUGGAAUCGAGUCGGCCAUUACAAAAUGUGGCUAUCAGCAUAUCCCUAUGGAGGACGAGGAGGUCGAGUACGCGAAUACUAGGGCGGAGAUAUUGAGGCUAUCACGAGGGGAGACACAAUGGAACCAAAUGGCCAGAGAUACGUUGAAAGAGGCCCUACAGGCAAAAAACAACAUGAAUGUAGCCAAGAAUGUAAUAUUAUUUAUCGGUGACGGGAUGGGAGUCUCCACUGUCACCGCAGCUAGGAUAUACAAGGGCCAAAGAAUGGGGAACCUAGGCGAGGAAACGGUCCUCUCGUUCGAAAAGUUUCCACAUGUUGCUCUUUCUAAGAUUUACUCUGUUGACCGACAAACACCGGAUUCGGCAGCAACAGCCACUGCCCUGAUGUGUGGGGUAAAGACUAACAAUGGAGUGCUGGGGGUCAAGGAGACAGUUCAAAAGGAAAACUGUGGGGCGACAGCCGGUCAGGAAGUGAAGUCGAUAUUAAAGCAUUUCAUAGCUGCAGGACGCAGUACUGGGAUAGUGACUACAUCUAGAGUGACUCACGCCACACCUGCCGCUGCCUACGCCCACAGUGCCUCGCGGGACUGGGAAGGGGACGCUCUUAUGACGUCAGUCACAGGAGGGUGUAAGGAUAUAGCUUACCAACUGGUGUACGACAAUAAUGACAUACAGGUUGUGCUGGGCGGAGGUAGAGGUCCAUUUCUGCCGAGUAGUAAAGUCGACCCAGAAACACAGAAAGUAGGAUGGACCCACAGGAGGGACGGUCACGAUCUGAUAGAGAUUUGGAAGCAGAUACAUUCUUCGAAUGAACACCGUCAUAGCUAUGUAUGGAGAAAGGACCAGUUUGACUCCGUAGAUCCCGCGGAAACUGAUUAUCUCCUUGGCCUAUUUGACGCAAGUCACAUACCUUACGAAAACGACAGGGAUAAGUCUGCAGCAGGGGACCCGUCGCUUGCCGAGAUGACUAGCAAAGCCAUCAAGAUACUGAAGAAAAACCAAAACGGUUAUUUUCUAAUGGUGGAAGGUGCUCGUAUAGACCACGCCCACCAUGACAACGAAGCUAAACGUUCUCUCGUGGAGACGUUGAUGUUUGAAGAAGCUGUGAGUGAGGCGUUACGACUAACAUCCACGGAGGAUACCCUAAUUAUCGUAACGGCCGAUCAUUCUCACCCCUUCAACAUCGCCGGGUACUCAUAUAGGGGCAACGACAUCCUAGGUAUAACUAUACCGUACUGGGACGAGCCUCCCAGGGAUGGUCUCCCUUACACCACACUUGUGUACGGUAACGGACCCGGGCGGCGCCCAUACGAGGGCAGGGCCAACUACACAGGAGUGGACACGUCUUCGGACGACUUUAAACAGGAAGCUGCUGUACCACUAUCGUACGAGACGCAUUCCGGAGAGGAUGUCGGGAUAUAUGCACUUGGACCAAUGGCACAUCUUCUGUAUGGCGUCCAGGAACAGCAUUACGUUGCCCACGUGAUGCAGUAUGCCGCCUGUGUCGGUGAUUACAAAGAUGAUUGUAAGCGCCCGGAUGAUGGCGAUUCCAAUGGAGGACAUACACUGUCUGUCAAUAUCUUGUUAUUUGUUACUUUCUGCAUAAUCACAUCAAUCGUUAUGUAAUUGUGAACUUAUAUUAUUGCUAGUGAUUUUAUUUGUUUUGUCUGAAGUUAUACCAUUGUUUUAAAUAAAUCCUAUUUACAUAUCGUGACAAUAAAUACCCAACCAAUUGCAAUCAACAACAUUUUCUAUUUUUGACAUUCCGAUAGAAAAAGAGGGGUACCUGAAAUCGAUUAUAAUGUUUUCUGGAUAUAUUUCCCUUUUACUAUCAUGCAGAUAAAGAUAGAUAUGUACUGUUAAAAUAAAAUCAAAGUGCACAGGGGUGAACUUCACCUUUAAUCAACCGUCUCUGUAUCAGACGUGGUCAAAUACGACUUUUAAAACCUCAACCGAUGUCUACUAGAAUAGCCAGGUUCACAACUUACCGGUGUGAAUGUCCAGGAGUUCAAAGGAUGAUCUCUACAUAACUAACUUCACGGACAGCUGCCUUAAAUUACUGAUGAAAUCAGGGCCUGAUUGCAGGAUUGUUGGUUUAUUAUGUUAUUGUAAAAACGUCUCUGAGCCUAUUGUCUGGAAGUACAUCUUCUACUUUCUACCGGUGACUUUGCUUGAAGUCGAAUGAUUCUAACGUUAAUGCUGAUAUCUUCCACCUCGUACCUUACAUCUCAUUAAUUGGCCGUAUUACAUCUACACCAGUAACGACUCGUACUUUUCGUUUCGUCUUUUCAUAUAAAAACAAUCACAACACGGGGAUUGCAUGUAAUAUGUAUAACUAGGUACUUAUUUUGAGACAUUUGUGAGGGUAUGGAACCUUUCAAACUAUAGACAAGGUCGUAAACCUUCGAGAUAUCACCAAUCAUGAAGUCUAAACAGAAGGCUUAUCCUACUUACACCAGAUUGAGGAGUUCGGCAAUUACUUAUACAUCUAUUUAUGUAUAUACACGUCUUUCCUUAACGAUAAACAAGUUAGCAUUACGUUAUAGGAGCUGGACAUGUAUUGGAAUACGUGUUGGCUAUUAGUGAUCUACCUUACUGAGAUGAGGAUCAAAGUGAUGGUGAUGUAAUGUGUUAAUUCACAAUAAAAAGAACACGUUUUCUGUCUUA